AUGGAAAUUACUUCCUGGAAAACAAGCGUGAUUCUGUCAUCAGUAAUGUUUAUGAUUUUAUUCACUGCAACAGCGGAAAAAUUUACUAAAGAUCACAAACAAACUUUAGAUAAAGUGGUUAAAAUUUUAUCUGCUAAUAAACCACAUUUUCAAAGUUACGAGAAUUUCGAAGAAAGAACAGAAAGAAUUAACAAGGAAUUGGAUCAGGCAAUGAAUAUUAUUAAUGUCGUUAAAGAGAUUGAUCGUUUUGUAACAAAUAAGAUCAAAAUGAUCGUAAAACAGCUCAAUGCGAUCUAUGACAUUCACUAUUCUGAUCGUUCGCAAUCAUCUUUCAACGUUUAUGAGCAAUGA